CUCUCACUAGAAAAAUAAUAUACAAAACAAUUAAUAUAGUUGCGAGAGAACAAACGAACGAACAAACAAACAAACAACAGAAAAGAAAGAGCGGGAUGGAGGGAGGGAUCGGCCCGGAGAUGGAGCGGAUCUUCAAGCGGUUCGACACGAACGGGGACGGGAAGAUCUCUUCGGCGGAGCUCGGGGAGGCGCUGCGCACGCUGGGGUCGACGUCGCCCGACGAGAUCCGCCGCAUGAUGGCCGAGAUCGACACCGACGGCGACGGCUACAUCGACUUCAACGAGUACUCCGUCUUCUGCCGCAACAACCCCGGCCUCAUGAAGGACGUCGCCAAAGUCUUCUAGAUCUCCGCACUUCCAUAUCUCCUUACAUAUUCUUUCUUUCUCUGUCGUAGUUAUUAAUUAUUAUCUUAGCUUCGGUGGUAAGAUAUGUACUUCAGUAAGUGGCUUCGUUUUUCUUUCGGAUUUGAUUUUGGAUCGCGCUUAAUUUAAAAAGAAAAGAAAAAAAUAUAUUUGGAGUGUUUGUUUGUUUGUUUGUUUGUUUGUUUGUUUUUGUUUCAAAUUUCUACUUGUCCUUCUAUUGGUUAA